AGCUAACUUUUCCAUGAAGGAGAUGCGCAUCUCAGGUGGAUGAGUGGCAAUAGCAUAUUCGGUGACCGCGAGAAGUUACAUUUCUUUUUCUUGCGCUUAUUCAUUCUCUAUUAAGUAUCAGUGAGCGACAAUCGUAAGCAAUGGGGAAGACGAGGACGGGUAAAGCCGCCGCUAUAUGCACGGCGGUGGCAUUCGUUCUGGUGGUGAUUGCAUUUACCACACCCAAUUGGUUGGAGACUGACGGCAAACUGGAUAAUCCGCAAUUUGUCAAGAUUGGUCUUUGGCAAGUGUGUUUCAAAGGCUUCCAGGAUCCACGUCAUCUCUACGACACCAGAUUCUAUGGCUGCUGGUGGGUCUUUGAGGAGGAAUAUUACAUCAUACAUGAUAUACUCUUGCCUGAUUUCUUUGUUGCUACGCAGUUCUUUUUUACGCUGUGCUUGACUUUAUUGCUGAUAGGGAGUUUUCUGACUAUUUUGUACACCUGUUGCUCUCGUCAUCAUGACAAGUAUCAGCUUCUUCUAUGGGCAACAGGUGGUAAUUUAACUUUAGCUGGAAUAUGCGGUGUUAUAUCAGUGAUUAUAUUUGGCGCCAGAGGCGAUGGACGAGACUGGAUGCCCAAUUGGGAGCACAAUGACAUUGGCUGGUCUUUUGCAUUAGCUGUUGUGGGUAGCGUUACUCUGAUAGCAGCUGGUAUUCUGUUCCUAAUCGAAGGUCGCAGGCACAAAAAGAAACAAGAGCGAAUAUUGACUGAGGAACAGAAAACACACACAACCAUUUAGCACAUAUGUACAGACUAAUAUUAAUUUAACACAAAUAAUAUUUUUUUUUGCCAUGUUAAAUAUAAAUUCAAAUAAAACUUUAAAGACUUAUACAUUAGAUUAUAUCUGUACUUUAUAACAUGACAUAUUUUGAAGUUAAAGAUAUAUGCAUAUUUUAAAUUACAUAGAAUAUAUUGAGCUAUUCUGAUAUUAUUACAUUAAGAUUAUAUGUGAAAUGUUAUCUGUAAAAAUGUGAAACGCACAUAUCUGAGAUAAUCCGUCCAUUAUAUUUGUAUCAUUCUAAAAAUGUUUGUAGGAACUAAUUUUUAUAUAUGU